UUCAGAAGAUGGGUACAAGAGCUACGAAAGCGGUUCCCCCGCCCUCCACCUGAUACGACUAAGAUGAUUUUUUUGAUGUUAUUUCCGGAGGAGGAUGUGAGGAGGAAGUAUGGGAUGCAGGAGGUUAUGUUGGCGAGGGUGCUUGAUGGUGUUUUGAGCGUUAAUGGAAGCUUGAAACGUUGGGCGUCUUCUUGUGAUACUUGUACGUCUUCUCUUGGGGAAGAGGUUUGCAGGGUUAUGUCGUGUUCUGCUACCGAAGACGAUGGUAAUUAUAACACUGUCACUAUUCAAGAGGUGAACUCAAUGCUAGACGAGUUGGCAGCAAAGUCAAGAUUCUCUGCGUGCGAACUUCGAGAUCCGGCUGCCAAAUCCGAUCGUUCUCGCCAGACAAUCCUGCAAAGCGUAUUUCGCAAGCUACGACCAUUUGAAGCUGCCGUCCUGACCCAGAUAAUCCUCAAAGAUCUCAGACCUGUGAUUUAUCCCGUUAAGAGUACAUCUUCUACUGCUGAGGCGCUUUUGGAGUUCAAUUCGAAGGCAGUACACGUGUUAACGAUGCAUGAGACUAUGCGUGUUUGGGAUCCUUCGAGGUUGCUGUUACGAUGUUACAAGGUACAGGCGACGAUUGAGGAUUCGGUUCGGUUGUUUGAGAGUGGGGAUUUGGAGAUGGUUGGGCCUAGGAUUGGUGUGCCAGUUCAGAUUCCUAAAUGCGUCAAAGGUCAGGGUUGCAAGCAUGCUCUAGCCCAGUUUAAGACACCGGAGUCAGUCUGGGCAGAGACGAAAUAUGAUGGCGAAAGAAUGCAAAUUCAUAUCGCAGUAGAUAAGACGGGGGGCACCGAAAUCACCAUUUUCAGCAAGAGUAAACGGGAUUCGACGUUGGAUCGUAUUGCGACACACUGGCAUGACCUUUUUCUCAUUUUGAUUAUUAGAGAAGCCCUGGGUUUGCGGCAUUCAAAUCUGGAUGAGAUUGUUGAACGAGCUGCGCCACAGAAGCGGCGUUCAGUGAAUGUUUCGUCAGUGAUCCUUGAAGCUGAGAUGGUAGCGUUUGAUGAUAAAUACGCAGAGUUCUGGAGAAUCAGGGAACUUGUGGAGUCAACGGCUGUAGGAGCUCGAAGGAAGACGGGUCAAGUCGAGUCAAGGUUUAGUGACUCUUCCGACGACGCAUGCAGACACCUCGCCCUUGUAUUCUUUGAUAUUUUGUAUCUCAAUGGUCGUUCGCUGCUCUCGGAAUCUUAUUACUCUCGUAGAGCAACACUUGAAUCAGUCAUUAGACCCAUACCGAAGUAUGCUUUUCUUGCGCAUCGGACUGAGAUCCCCCUAUCUGGUCCGCAGCUAUGCGGCCAAGGUUUGGAAACGUUGGAACGUAUUUUCUCCGAGUGCAUAGCAAACUACGAAGAGGGCCUCGUUCUGAAGGCGUCACACGCAACGUAUAAUGACUAUGGAUGCCCAUGGGUCAAACUGAAGAAAGACUAUAUUCCUGGUUAUGGAGAUGCGGUAGACCUUGUCCUCGUUGGGGCUUCUUGGGAGAAGGAAAGAGGAAGGACACUGCGAGUGCCACCUUCGACAUUUACGACGUUCUAUGUCGCAGUGCUUCGCGACUCUAAUCAGAAUGGCCGCCCUCCGCACCUUGAGGUCCUCUUCAUGGUUUCGUACGGCCUUGAUCGCAGGCAGCUCGAGCAGUUGAAUUUUCUGAUUAGUUCUAUGAGUCCAUUGAAUUAUACGGAAGAGCAGCGGUGGAGCGAACUGCCUUUCAGUUUUAGCCUGGCGAAAGGUCUUGCAAAGCCCAAGGUCAUCCUGACAAGUCCUCUGCUCGUCGAGUUGUUUGGAGCUGGGUUUACCAAGUCUUGUGAAGGCAAUUCUUAUGAAUUGCGAUUCCCCCGGAUAAGCAAAGUCUACAGAGCUAAAGACCGGAACUGGCAAGAAGGUAUGGUUAACGAUCCAUUGUAUUUAUGUUGUCUUACAUGCAAACAGGUCUGA